AUGUCUAAUAUAGUCAGAAGCCGUCGCAUUGACCCAAUUCAGUCAGAAAAUAGUCCAAAGAACCUCAACGGAUCUGACAGCCACGAUCAGUCAUCGUCAUUGCCUCGCGGAGGCACGGGAGAGGCGCCCAACAUGGCGUUGGAUGAAACAAUCAACAAGGGCGAUCCAGCGCCAGAUGACGAUGUAUCUGGAAAGAGUGGCCAUGCCCAAAGUCAAGAUAAUCCUAUUUCCUCUUCGGUCGAGGCUUGGAACAGCAAUGCAGAACCACCAAAGUUUUCGGUGCAAUCAAUAUCGACUUCUCCAGUUGAUCAGUCCAAAUCGAAUAAUCCUCCGAUCACAGAGGAUAUGGGAAUUCAAGAUAGCCAACCAGGCGUCGGAAGAAGGCCUGAUACACCGAUACCAGAGGACUUACAACAAGAAGAACCAUUUUCUUCUUACCUAAACGAAGAGGAUUAUGGCAGAGAAGAAGAUUAUGACCAAGAGCAAGACUAUGACCAAGAGCAAGAUGACGAUCAACAACAAGAUCACGGCAAAGAACAAAAGCAUGACAAAGCACAAAGGAACGGCAAAGCACAAAAGCAUGCCAAAAAACAAAAACCUAGCCAUGAUCCAACUGCAAGUGACCACUCAUCCCCUGACUCUACUGCCACAUACUCGAGUUAUCAAUGGUGUCCAGCACGAAGCUUCUUUAGAUUGUCACUUGCAGAUAUCAUAAACGAGAUACGAUUCGAGGAAGGUAACGGCGUAACUAUCUCCCUCGAGUGUACUAUUGGGAAAGAAGAUAUGGUAUAUCGACGAAAAGCUCGUACUGAAGAGAGGUUUCAUGUGGUACAGCAGAGGAUCAAACAUCUUAUUGACACAUUGAAAGAGAAAACUCCACCAAACAAGAAGGGAGAUCCAACCUUCGAGAUUAUCAUCGAAAGGCUUGGUCCAAGACGUUGGACUUCUUAG